AGUGCUCAAUGCCCAGGGGUCUUAGCUUUAAGACUCCUUUAUCCAGCCUUUUGGCAUUUACAGGAAAUGUAUCGAAUUGACGGUAUUAUUCAGAGCUCAGAAACUUAUCGUUAUGCUACAAUGUUUAUUUCCAUCGCUAUCACUACUUUAAAAGUUUUCUAUAAUUUAAAUUUGAUUUAAAUUACAAUUGUGUCAAAUAUCAAUCUUUAUGUACAGAAUCCGGAAUACCAAUAGUAUUCUUCUCUUCAAUUAAAUAAACAAAAAAGGAACGAGAUAUGGAAAAGAUCUUUGAAUGCUCGUUAUUGCAAAAGUUUCGAGGAAAUGUCUUUAUUGCUUAUAGAACAGAGCAUGAGGAAAUAAUAUACACAUAUGAUUCUGUUUUGGACGAAGUAAACAAAGUUUUACAACAAAUUGGAGAAUACAAUAUUUCUCCAAAUACUGGUAUUGCUUUGUUACUAAAGAGUAUUACACCUUCCGGUAUUGUUGUGCUUCUUAGCAUAUUGAAUAGCAAUUGUUAUUUCGUCCCCUGCGAUUAUAAAAGCGCGAAUUUUGACUCCGAUGAUUUUUUAAAUGCACACGGCGUUAAAUAUGUAAUAUCGGAUAAAACAAUUGAUAUUAGCAAAAGUUGCAAACUAUUAGGAUGCUUGAAAGCAUUUGAGAGCCACUUGGUCUUACAUGUAAAUCUAGAAAUGUUAGAUGAGAUUUAUGAAGGCGUCCAAAAUCUUUGCUAUAGUAUUUCAACAUCCGGUAGCACUGGACCUCCGAAGGUUGUUCAAGUUCCUUAUACUUGUAUAAAACCAAAUAUCGAUGCUUUAAGUGCCCAGUUGAAAAUAACUGCAGAGGAUUUAAUAUAUAUGUGUGCUCCUCCUACUUUCGAUCCCUUUGUUGUAGAUUUUUUCUUAGCUCUAAACACUGGGGCGUCUUUAUUAAUAUCUUCCUUGGACCUCCGUUUGAAUCCAAAUAAAUUGGCGUAUAUCUUGUGGCCAAAAUCUCAGUCUCAGUCCCACAAAAAAGGCACAACAAUACUGCAGUGUACACCUUCUUUUUUGAGGUUAUUUGGCGAUUCUAUUAUAAAAGAUGUCAUAUUGCACGAAAGCAGUACCUUGCGGUGUCUUAUGUUAGGAGGGGAAGAUUUUCCCUUACAUAGAGAAUGGAAUAAUUGGCUACCAACUCUGUCUUUAAGAAAACGUAUAUUCAAUAUUUAUGGAAUAACUGAAUUGUCAUGUUGGUGUACAAUACACGAAUGUAAUUUUAAUGAAAACUGGGAUAAAGCUCCGCUUGGUAGAGUACUCGACAAUCACACUUUAUUGCGUAUAACCGAUAAAUAUGGUAUGGAGUUGUCUGGAGUAUGCGAAGGUGAAUUAAUAGUCGGAAGUGCAAUUCGAAGGUGUCAUAUUCCCUCUAUAGAUGGUCAGGUACGCGACGAUGGUAACAAGAUAUGCUACCGUACUACCGGUGAUUUAGUCAGCUGUGAUGAAAAAGGGGACAUUUUCUUUUCUGGUAGAAUAGGAAGCAUAGUCAAACGAAUGGGAGUCCGCUUAAGUCUCGAAACUCUGCAGAAGAGGAUACAAUUCAUAUUAGGAGAUGAUUGUAAAAAUGUUAAAUGCCUUUGGCAAGAAGAGCAGCAAAAAUUAUUUUGUUUUGUCCAAAUUAACAUGGAUAUUACUUAUUCGAGGGCACAUAUCCGAAGGUGUUUAAUGGAAAAUCUCUCUGAGGUGGAACGACCGGAUAAUAUAGAACUUAUUUCAGUAUUUCCCUUAAAUUCGCAUGGGAAAUUAGAUUUUCGUUGCUUACUUUCAAAAAUGUGCGAAAAGAAGCCCACAGAUCCUGAAGAAAUAUUUACCGACUUUGUUACAAAAACUUUGGGAAUUGACUUGUUUAACACAUCUAAUACAAUGAAAAAGAAUUCGGAAUCAACUAUGUCAUUUAUUGCUGUUGGUGGCACAUCUUUUCAAGCCAUAACUUUGGUUACCGAGAUUGGCUUGAGUUUAGAUAAUGCAUGUGAUAAAAAUGAACUAUUACAAAUGUUGCUCAGCCCGCACAAAUCUUUAGCAUGCAUUCGAAACUUUCUUGCAACGCGUUCGUUAUCAAAAUAUGAAUUUAUGACCAGAGCAUCGUGCGAAGAGCCCAAGAGUCAUAAGAAAAACUUUUUUAAGUUUCUUUGGCGCACUAGUCUUAAUAAAUGCGUCGAUUCCACUCCUAUUACUAUUGGAAACAAAUGGGUUUGUGUUGGUUCACAUUCACAUAAUUUAGCCACAAUUGAUAGCGAAAAAGGUGCUCUCAUUGCUCUGUUAGAGCUCCCAGAUCGAAUCGAAUGCAAAGUGGAGGUAAUUACAAAUGCUCAUUAUCCAUAUUUGGCAGUCGUCGGAUGCUAUAAUCAACAUUUAUACGCAUUUAACUUCAUAAAUGGAUUUAUUUAUUGGAGCAAAAAUUUAGAUGGAUUAAUCAAAGCUAAGCCAUUAAACUGCACAUCUGGAAUUGUAAUAUGCACCUACAGUGAGGAGUUCAACGUUGUCUGCAUUUCUUCAAAGACUCAAAACUAUAUUUGGCGCAAGAAAAUUGGAACAAAAGGUAUCUACGCCAAUCCUGUAGCUAUAAACAACGCUGCACUGAUUGUUUGCACUCUAGACGGUAGUUACUGCUGCAUUCUUCAAGACUCCGGCAAAUAUUUGUGGCUGAGAAAGUGUGAGUCGGCUAUAUUUUCAACACCAGUUGUUAUCAAAAAUGAUACCGUUAUUUUAGCUGAAGUUGCUGGAAAAAUUCACAUCUGCAAUGCAAGAAACGGCGAAUUGAUAAACACGUUCUGCGCGGGAGCGUCAAUAUUUUGUGGUUUAACAACAAUGCCGGACAUAAAGAAUAAUUCAGAGCAAAAUUUGGUUUUCUUUGGCUGCUACGACAAACAUGUUUACUGUUUGAAGAAUUAUAAUACAGUCGAUAAAGGAAAUCAGUCAUCCAAACUGGAACUGGUUUGGAAGACACAGCUUGAUAGCAACAUUUUUGCAUCGCCUAUAACAAUAACUUUACAGAACUCAAAGUAUUUGUUGUGUUGUUCUACAAAGGGCUUAUUAGCACUGUUAUACGUUGAAAACGGGGAAAUAACUGCUAAACAUGAAUUGAAUGCGGAAAUUUUUGCUACACCUUGCAACCUGAACAAUCAAAUAUUUAUCGGUUGUAGAGAUAAUUAUGUACAUUCCUUUAGUAUUCACCAAUUUGAAAAUAAUGGAACCGUGAUGUAACAGAAAAUGAAUAUAUAUGGAAAAAAAUUUGAAGCGUCGUUCAAAAACUGCUUUUUUUUAUUAAUAAAGUUUUGAACAUUUUCGCAACGAAGGUACAACAAGCGGCAUUUGUGAAAAUAAAAGAUAACGCAGUCUGCAAAGAAGGAAUACUUAACAUCUACUUCUGAUUUAACUAAGAUCAUCUGUUCGAUUUCGUAUCUCAACAACCAAAAGUCCUUCGUAAUAAUAUUUCACCUUCAAGCUCCAUUUCAAGUUUUACCAAAAAAACACUAAAAAUGGAAGAAAAACCGAAAAGAAGUUUGGCAUCAAAAAUUUCGGGAUUCGGUGCCGAAACGGAAAAUGCUCCGUCCGAAUUUCGAAAAGGUUGCAGGGAAUUUAAAAAACUUGCCAGUGUAAAGUAUUAAACUCCACAUUAAGAAGAUAUGUUAGCUGGAAUUGUGAUACAUUAUUUUUUGGGCCGAGUUUUUAAAGUGCUACUUCCGUAGAAGUUGUUACAAGCUCCAAGCUAUAGAAAAUAUUUAAAUAAAUAUGAUUUGUAAAUUAAUCGAAACUUUUUUGUACCAUUAAAUUUAGAAAGGGCACUAUUCAACGAGAGAAGGUCGAGCUCAAUCUUAGCUAUAAAUAUUGACAUUAUUAUUAUAGCAUUAACCAUAACGCUCACUAAAUAUAAUAAUUAAGAAAUAUUUUCCGAUUGAUAUUUUACAGUUAUUAUUGCACCAGGAAACUACUAUAAGUUUUUGUAAUUAUUUUAUAUGUAAUAAUAAUCUUGAAAUUUCUUCAUAUUUGUAUUGC